GAAAGCAAGGUUGGGAGAAGAAAGCGAAAUAGAGGCAGAACAGAGGGCUCGACAUUCGUCUCCGGAGAAACCCGAACAGGGCUUGAAUUUGGAGCUCAAGGUUUGGAAUCUCACAAUAAGAAUUAGAAGCUCGAUUUUGGAGCUUAGUUUUAUAUUCAGAUAUGGUUUUGAAGUCAAUCAUUUUCAGGAGAUAAAGUAGUUCUAAUCUGAUAUGUCCAUAUGCCAAUUUGAGCCAUUAAAAGAAGUUCUAAGUCAAUGAUCUUCUCGACAACACAACUGACGUAGCUCAUCAACUUUCCAUUUAUUGAUGGUUUUGUGUGUCAAUUCACUCCAGCCAUGGAGUUCAAUCACCCCAACUCUCGUCUUGUUUCAGAAAUGCAAAACCAUGGAUGACAUGAAUCAGAUGCAUGCAAGAAUGAUCACAACUGGGCUAAUCAACAACUCAUCUCUCACUACCAAACUCAUCCUCACUUUUGUUUCUUCACCCUAUGAGCCUCUUGUUGAGUUCGCUCGCCACAUCUUCUUCAAGCAUCAUGCUAAUCGUAAUCCUCGAGAACAAGAGGACCCUUUUCUCUGGAAUGCCAUACUCAGGUCCUACUCUCAUGGUUGUUCGCCCAGAGGAGCUCUGGCAAUACUUUGUUUGAUGCUUGAACUGGGGGUUUGUUUGGAUAAGUUCUCAUUUUCUCUGGUUUUGAAAGCGUGCUCUCGAGUGGGUUUGAUGAAAGAAGGAAUGCAGAUCCAUGGAUUAUUGUAUAAACUGCAAAUUGAGUCUGAUACAUAUUUGAAAAAUUGCUUGAUUAGUUGUUUUCUAAGAAUUGGGUGCGUUCAACAUGCCUGUCAAUUGUUUGACAGAAUGUCUUGUCAUGAUUCUGUCUCAUAUAACUCAAUGAUUGAUGGGUAUGUCAAAUAUGGGAUGGUUGGAAAAGCCCGUGAAUUGUUUGACAAUAUGCCUCUAAAGAAGCAGAAUCUAAUUACUUGGAACUCAAUGAUCGGAGGAUAUGUGAGAUACAAAGAUGGAUUGAAUUGUGCCUGGAAUUUGUUUCUUAAAAUGCCCAAGAGAGACUUAGUUUCAUGGAACACAAUGAUUGAUGGAUGUGUAAAGUUUGGUAAUAUAGAAGAUGCUCAAACGUUGUUUAACAAGAUGCCUAAAAGAGAUUUGGUCACUUGGACAACUAUGAUUGAUGGUUAUAUGAAAUCAGGUAAUGCCCUUGUUGCAAGGAGAUUGUUUGAUGGAAUGCCCGAGAGAAACACUAUUUCUUGUAACACCAUGAUGGCUGGCUAUGUUCAGAAUGGUUAUUGCAUUGAAGCUUUGAAGCUAUUUCAUGAUAUGAGAAUAAAAGCACAUACACAACCAGAUGAUACCACCUUGUUGAUUGUUCUUACAGCCAUCACCCAAUUAGGACACGUUGAAGUUGGAGCUCUCAUACACCGAUAUUUAGAGAAUAACAAUAGUAAAUAUUUGAGUGGUAAACUUGGUGUUGCUCUAAUUGACAUGUAUUCCAAGUGUGGUAGCAUAGAGAAUGCUAUCUUAGUAUUUAAGAAUAUUGAUCAGAAAUGUGUCGAUCAUUGGAAUGCUAUGAUUGGUGGCUUAGCUAUUCAUGGUAUGGGUGAAAUGGCUAUCAAUUUUCUCUUCCAGAUGGUAAAGGAUUCUGUUAAACCGGAUGAUAUCACAUUCAUUGGUGUGUUGAGUGCUUGUGGCCAUGCUGGUUUACUGAAGGAGGGAUUGAUAUGUUUUGAGCUAAUGCAAAGAGUAUACAAGGUUGAACCUAAGGUGCAACACUACGGUUGCAUGGUAGACAUCCUUUGUCGAGCUGGGCAUGUUGAAGCUGCCAAAAAACUCGUCGAGGUAAUGCCUAUCAAACCAAACGAUGUCAUUUGGAGGACUUUGCUUAGUGGUUGUCAAAUCCAUAAGAACUUCUUAGUGGGAAAGCCAGUUACUGAGGAAUUGAUCAAGCUAAACUCUUUCAGUCCAAGCUCCUACGUGCUCCUAUCUAAUGUUUAUGCUAGUGUGGGCAUGUGGGACAAUGUGAAAAUGGUUAGGACAGUAAUGAAAGAGAGAAACCUAAAGAAAAUACCAGGCUGCAGUUGGAUUGAAUUGGAGGGAGUCAUUCAUCAGUUCUCUGUACAAGACAAGUCACAUUCUCAAGUUAAAGAGAUUUAUUCCAUGUUAAGUGGUUUGUAAAUUCCCAUUUAGAAAGAGAUAGUUGCAUGCAACAUCUAUGUUUCUAUGUUAAGUAAUUUGUAAAUUCCCAUUAAGUCUAGUUUCUUGCUGUGAAGUUUGUCAACUAAACGAUUAGUUGGUAGAUAUCUUUACCAACUCUCACAAGGGUCCUUAGCUUUGAUACGUACGUAACAUGCUUGAUGCAUAUGAUUUAUGUGCCCUAUCUUGAGGGGGAUUGUUAGAAUAUAUGCAGAUAUUGUAAUUGAUAGAUGGUCUAUAUAUAAGCCAAUUGGAUCCUUCUUCAAUGCAAUCUGCAAAAAUCAUCCACUCUA